GUCUGUGUCUGUGUGUCUGUGUAUUUGGUGUCUGUGCGGGCGUUGUAAACGUGCGGCUGCGUUACAUAAAACAGCAGCAAUAAAUCAACACCCGAGUGCGAAAAUUACGCAAAUGGGGGCUUUCCUCGCUCUUUCUCGCCGCACCUGAGUCAUUUCGAAACGAGGGGCGUGGAUUUGUAAAGCGUUUAGGAUAAUGGCGAUAUCACGUUCAUGCUGUUUGACAUACAAACAGAACGACUCUCUCUUUCUCGCCGUGUCCAAAUUCCCCACACAAGUUGUUGGGAGGGAGUUGCACACACUUUAAACCAUGCGCCCUGGAUGAAGUGCCCAUGAGCAAUAGUCUUUGACAUUGUGUUUUACACCCUUGAGCGUCAAGGAAGCAAUCUUGUAGCCUGAGCCAAAAUGAGGCUGUCAGGUCGUUUUUUUAAUUAUCACCGAAAGUCCCUCGCUCUGUGCGCUGAAACUGAAUAUCAAAGGUGAGACAGGAGAACAACGAGCAGCAGAGGGAUGGAGCGGAACAGAAACGAGCCAUAAAGGGAGGGGGAUACGGGGUGCAUUUGCAUAAAAAGGCAACUCGGGGUGAAAAUGAAGCACUGCUUUAGAUUGGAUGGACGUGGAGCCAAGUGCGCUGGUUUCACUGCGCUGCUGAGAGAGAGAGAGAGAGAGAGAGAGAGAGAGAGAGAGAGAGAGAGAGAGAGAGCCCCUGAUGUGCGCCGGAGCAAAGGGGAGUAUCGUAUCCCGAGGUGAAGAGGAGAGAGAGAGGGAGAGAGAGAGAGAGAGAGGGAUAAAUAGCUGGAGAGAGGAGGAGAAGGGAUACGGACUGCUGCAAACGGAGCUACACCGUCUCCGUACAUCAAGAUAACGCAGGAGUUUCAUCCCACUUAGAAGACAAUCUAAUUAACAGUGCGCCAAAACACGCACUCACCGGGGAUUUUCUCUUUAACUUUUCUUUUUCUUGGCUUCUCGGGCUGCUGACCUUCGCUCGCCCACGGAGCCUCUCUGCCCAUCACUCGGAUCCUCCUGAGGCGCAGCCAGCGUUGGGUUCUCUGAGUCUGUGAUGGGGGCAGCGGCCGAGGUUGGGAGCUUCGUCAACGGAUUUCUGGGCAGCUUUGGUCCCGCGGGUGCCGCUCCGGCUCCCGUUGGCUCUCAUUUUGUUCUCACCCCAGCCGGGGCGGUGGACUACAACUCGGUAAGCGGACUGAUGAUGGGGGGACACGGGCAGCAGCAGGAGCACCUGGUGUCCGCCGAGAGACUGUCCCGGAGCCUGGCGGACACCAGCCACCUCGAAGGGAUCCUGAGACGGAGGCAGCUCUACUGCAGGACCGGCUUCCACCUGGAGAUCCAUCCCGACGGCACCGUGCAGGGCACCAGGAAGGACCACAGCAGAUUCGGUAUUCUGGAGUUCAUCAGUCUAGCUGUUGGACUGGUCAGCAUCAAAGGGGUAGACAGUGGACUUUACCUCGCCAUGAACAGCAAGGGAGAGCUGUACGGAUCGGAGAAGCUGUCAGCAGAAUGUGUUUUCAGAGAGCAAUUUGAAGAAAACUGGUACAACACCUACUCCUCUAACAUCUACCGGCAUGGAGAAAGAGGUGCAUUUUACUUUGUUGCUCUGAACAAAGAUGGGACGCCCAGGGAUGGAACGAGGUCGAGGCGGCAUCAGAGGUUCUCUCACUUCCUACCAAGGCCCGUAGACCCGGAUAGAGUACCAGACUUGUACAGAGACAUACUGGGGCAGAGCUGAGACUGAAUGAGCAUUACCAUGACCCUGUCAAAGCUGGUCUGAGCUGAAAAAAACAAAUUGAGUGCACCUAAACUCAUCUCCUCUCUUGAGGAAGAUGGAAGAUCUUGUCGAUCUGGACAAAGCAGGAUCAUAGAAAGUGCACCAAAACAACACACUCCCCACCUCGACACAGAAGAAACACCAAGCAGGUCGGGGAGUUUGACUGAACUGCACCAGGGAUCUUCUGAGACAUGAGGACCCAAGACAGAAACAGCGUCUAACUAGGCCCAAAAUGUGGCCCCUUUAUUGGCCUAUGCAAAGGCCCUGGUGGCCAAAGAGAUGACUGUUGGAUUUCUUUAUAGUUUCUGGUAAUGAAAUCCAACUAAAUGGUGGUCCAGGCUGCAUGUUCAAAAGGACAGAGGUGUGGACUUGAUAGUUGAGGUUAACCACUGGCUGCUAGUAGCUUUUUCCUGCUGUGGCUGCUGAAUCUUGUCACUUCCACUGUUUUCAGUUGGCCUUUUAAUUUUAUUCAAACAUGACUGUGGCUGCUAUGUAAACGGUUAAUUAAAAUGCAUAUUCCACUGUAGAGUGUGACUAGUUUACACACAAAAGGUAGUUUCAUGCACUGGAAAGCAGCCAUGUCUGCUCUGGGGUAUGGGUCUUAUAGCUGGGGGAUGACCAUUCUUGGACUAACUGCUAUGAAGUCAUGGAUGGAUUUCCUUUGAUUAGUACAAAGAUAGAUGCUGCUGAGAAGAUGCGACUUUUCUGCAAAGUGCAUGAGGAAGAAGAGAAAAAGAACAGGUCUAAAGGAAUUUCAUACUGACUUCUUCUGUCCUGGAAUAUCAUGUGUUGUUGGAACUCUCAUUUGGGGACCCAGUGAAGGAAUUGUGUUGUUGUCCAACUGACUGCAGUCAAACAUUGAGGAUGGGAAUGACAAAGACACCUUUACAAGCAUUUUGACAGAUUUUAUUCUUAUUUAUGAGUUUUUGUUUCUUAGGACAUACAGUAUAUUUAUUUCAUAUAUUUAUUUAUUUUGAGAUUCUAUUUUUACAGGUAUGAGAUAAAAUAAAAAAAACACAUCAAUAACAA